AUGGGAGAGAACACUCGUUACGGCAACCCUGCCGAGUUCGAGACCGACCUGCACUCGAUCUACGCCGCGUUCCUAGGAGACUUUGACUCGCAGAACAUCGACUGGUGGGACGCAUCAUGGGGCGGCUACUUUCGGUCGUUCAACGACUUUCUGGGUUUCGGUUGGGAGGCAAUGGUCGUCGUCGACAGUACCACAGGAAGGGCGCACAUCGGCGCUCGACGAGAGCAGAUCGCUCUGUUCGCUCGCAUGAUUAAGACCCGCUUUGGAGAAACGCUCGACAAGGAUCCGCCUUCGAUUAUGCCGCUGGACCCAGCGCCUCCUCGGUCGCGGUCGCUGCACCGGAUCAUCAACAUCACCGAUUUGGAAGGGUACAAGAAGCUGUCCCGCUCGUUAGCCCCAGCUGAGCUCUCGCAUGUCCGAGCUCGGAUGCGCACUGGUGAACCCUGUGUCGUGACUGCACUCUUCAACUCUGGUGCCGAGGACGAUGACUCGGCGGCGGCUGCAGGCGUGCGCACCAAUGGCCAAGGUUACACCUGGGCCUGCAUCAAGACCACCUGGUGGGAGAAGGGCGGGCCACCGCAGGGCUUUGUGCCAGGCCAUGGACGAACUGUCAUGGCGCGGCCAGGACAAGGUGGCAAGGGCCUCAUGCUCGAGGUCGGCCUGGCUGCUCUCCGCUGUGCCAACCUGCGUGCCGUUGACGUUUGGCCACCAGUGCCGGACAAGAACUACAGGAAAGCACACUACGUCAUGGAGGAAUGGGUCGACAAGCGUACUAACUCUGCACCACCCAACUUCCCUCGCGCGUACGGCUUUGGGCGUAGCCAAUUCACGUCGGAGAAGAGUGUGGAGCGCAUUGUUGAGGCCUCACUGGGAGCACUCGCAUCACAUGACACUGAUGGCGGACCAAACACCCUCAUCCUGCUGUCAAUCGGUGAUCCACAGCCAAUCCCACUGCCUCACAACACGACAUUCCCCCAGAACGUUCUGCAGCUCGAUGUCCUGCAGCUCGAAUUUGCGCUGCUCCAACAGGCGCAGCGUAUGAACGUGCCAGGCGUGGGAGACCGCACCCAUCCACUCCAGUCGUUGCGCCACCUCCUCCACCACCUGCAGAUCCCAGUUGCUGGUCACGCGCCAUUAGGCAACGCGGGCAACGAGGCCUUCUACACCGUGCUGGCAUUCCAAAAGCUCUUGAUGCGCGACACGCGUUUACCAGACCAGCUCUUCCAGCAAGCUUCCUUUGCUACUGGAUAUCCUCAAGGUGAUUACUUUAUGCACCCGGGUAUGACGGGACCAAUGGGUGGUCCAAUGGGUGGUCCAAUGGGUGGCCCAAUGAUGGCUCCACAGUAUACCGGAGCGCAGUACGCGCAGUUCGGUGGCCUGCCCAUGCCCCCACCCAUUCGCGCAGAUGGUGGUCCUCGUCGAGGUUCGUCGUCGUCGUUACACCGCAUGUCUUUACCUGCACUCGACUUUGAGCCUCCGUCCUUUCCAGCCCCCCUCUCGCGUCAGGCCACUGGCGAAUCGGGCUACGGGGGAAGCAAGCGGCCGCAAACCAUAGCCAUCAACUCCCCCGUUGGCAUGAACUCGCCGCUGGAUGGCAGGGAUGAGGCGACUCCUCGAGCCGCCAACGGCGGCAAGUCGUCAACCAUGCCGCGCUCCCAUACCGUGUACUGGGACGAGGCCGAGUUCUCGAGUGGCGACGGGCGCAAUCGCCAGCGCGUGCCCGGUCACGGGGAGCGGAAAGGAGGCUCCGCCCACCCUCCUCCCAGCAGUCUGCGUCACUCGCAGAUGGUCCCCAACCCCACAGGCUUGAGCACCAACUCGCGGAGCGUGUCGUUCCACGAGGAAAGGCGGCCCGCGACGGUGCACAGCGCUGGCUCGAGCAGCGGCUCGUUUGUCAACUCGCGCUCGAACAGCGGCACUGCGAUUGGCCCUAGUGGCCUGUCCAACAUUCACAGCAACUCUGGACUGAGCUCUGCCUCUGCCUCGGCUUCCUCGGGUCCGUCCGCAUCGGACGCGAGCCUGUCUAAGCAGCGCGACGACAAGAACGGCAAGGACAAGGAGAAGAUGCGCAAAACGAAGAGCUCCAACGGCGUUAAGCAGCUCGGGUCAGCACUCCAGAAGUUCUGGGUCGACUAA